CCCGGCGGUUACGGCGGUUACAAUCAGGGCUUGGGGCCCUACGGAGGCAGUCCCUACGGGGGAAGUCCUUACGGACAGUACGGCGGUAGCCCUGGUGGCGGCUAUUACGGCCGUCCCGGUGGAUACGGCGGCGAGUACUACGACUAUUAGUCCAUGCAGUGUGUGCAUAUGCUAGUUCAUAAGAUAAAUUCGAGCGUACAAGUAUUAACAUUGGUAGUAUUGAUUCUGCGUGCUCUUAAAAUACUAAAAAUCAGAGAAAUAUUCGAGAAGAUGUAAAAAGGGAAAAUUUUGAAAUCUUUAAUUCAAAAAUUGUUGUUUUUUGGGAUUUAUUUUCGGCAACAAAAAAAAACUUCAUUUGUAUUUACGUUUCAUAUCAUUCCAAUGUUUCCUAGUUAUUAAGAUUUUUAGAUCUUAAGCCACACGACGUGUGCAUAAUGUUAAUUUAGCUGUAAGCUGAUGUUAUGUUUAGUGAAACCUCAUUUUUCGACAAUGUACUUUUAUAAUAACCAUAACGAAGACAGAAAUCACUCGAAAGACCGAUUGUUCGACACGACGUUUUGUAAACGUCUAAAUCGAUCGACAUCAUGAUAUCAUGUAAUGCAAAAUUAUAUACAAGCGAAGAAAAAACGACUCGACUCGACGACACACGACGCACACGACGACAAAAAAAAAUGGCAAUCGUACUGGGAUAGCUCUCUCUCUCACUCAAUGGAGUCAAUGGCUCUCGUCGGAUCGAACGGUCCAUUCAUAAAGAGUCACACAUCCGUCCACCGAAGAAGCCACUCGUUCACUGCUUCAGGUCUGCCGAUCGGUCCAGUGGCCGGAAGCAACGCCAACGCCUUCGCCCAGGCCAACGCUCUCCACGACGCUCAUGCCCUUCCCGUGCACCAACCCGUGGGUCACAUCCCUCACGUACCGCUCCCAGCACCCGUGGUACCGGUCGUCGACAGCCACGCCAACGCCAACGCCUUCGCCAAUGCCGGAUCCGCCGCUGCUCCGGUAGUACCGCUCCUGCCUUUCACCCCGGCUCAUUCCGGAGCUUCGGCCAACGCCGACGCCCACAGCCACGCCGGUCUCGGCCACUCCUCGGCUUCGGCCAACGCCGAUGCUCACAGUCACGGUCAUGGCCAUUCGUCGGCCGCCGCUAACGCCGACGCUCACAGUCACGCCGGUGGUCUCGGCCACUCGUCCGCUCUAGCCAAUGCUCAUACUCAUGGUCUUGGACACUCAUCGGCUGCUGCCAACGCCGAUGCUCACAGCCACGCUGGUGGUCUCGGUCACUCAUCCGCUCUGGCUAAUGCCAAUGCUCAUACUCACGGUCUUGGUCUCGGUCACUCGUCGGCCACCGCUAACGCCGACGCUCACAGUCACGGUCUCGGCCACUCGUCGGCUUCGGCCAAUGCCGCGGCCAACGCCAAUAUCGUCUAUUCUCCCACACCCAUUCCCUUCCUCUCGGAUCCCCUCGCUGUGCCCAUCGUGCCGACCGGAGGAGCUCAUGCCACUGCGGUCGCUCAUGCCCACGCUCACGCGCUUGGCCACGGCCACGGCAAAUUAGGUCAUGCCGGUGCUCACGCUCACGCUCGUGCCCAGGCCAAACGCGCCAAGCUCGCCCAUCGCAAAGCCGCGGCUGCCGCCAAAGCUCACUCGUACUCGGGCAGAUUCGGCAGAUCGAAAGCCGCUGCGUCCGCGUCCGCGUCGGCAUCCGCUGACGACGGCCUGUUUUGAAUAGACUCGUUUUUUUCCGACGGAGAAUCAAUUAUAGGGAAAAUAUAAUAUUUGUAAUAUUGUAAUAUUUAUAAUGAUUUAAUAUUUGUGAUAGUUAGGGACGGAACAGGUUAGAAGGAAGAUCGAGUUGUUUUCAACUCGGAAGAAAAAAAAUAUUUACCAAGUACUUAUGAAAAAAAAUGUAAUACUCAACGGAAUGUCUGUUUUAAUAAUAUAUAAUAAUAUACGCUUGCUUCAUUGCGAGAUCCUAUUUAUGUAAAUAUAUCCAUGUGAAUACUCAGUACGAUUGUUAUUUUGAAGAUAUUUUUGUCGUGUCUUACUUAUGUGUGUGUCUUAAGCUUGCGUCAUGUCAAUAAUCGCACAAAGUAUAAUAUAUUUUUAUUAUUUAUUAUUAUUGUUAUUAAUUACUGAAUUGAAAGUUGGUAGGUCAAAACUCUUCAUUGCAGCAAUAAUAAAUAAAAAUCGAGUCAAUUAUUAAAAUUAUCAUAGUUCAAUCAUUCUUUCUCAGUGCAUAAGUUUUUAAACACAUGUCAAUUAUCACGCAUUUAUUUUGAUGACACUUUGAAGCCAUUUCUUUUAUUUCACCGUGUAUAAAGUUCAUAAGAUGUGAUAAUCGGUAUUUUUUGGGAUUUGUUAUGGUGAAAUAUUUGUGUCGAUUUCACUCGCUCUGUAAAAAGUUAAUAAUGAAUGAGGUUUCUUCGGAUAUGAAAAUAAUUAUUAUGUAAAUGUAUGUUAAUAUAUUUGUAACUAACCAAUAAACUAAUUGCUUACACUUGAAGAAUCACUUUCUCUUGUAAAAACAAAAGAAUAAAGUUUAAAGUUUUACAUGCAAUAAUUGAACUUCAAACGAGCAAUAAAUCAUUCACGAGUAUAAUGUAAA